AUGGGCGUUCCUAUCGCGACAGCCGCGGCGUCGUUUAUCUGUCUCUCGCUCAACCUGACCCUCUGCCACUUGUAUCGAGCGUCGCCUUCGCCCGCCGAUACCGUCGCAGGCUCCGUGCAUGUCGCACGGACAGUCGUCGCGUCGUCCUCUCCCGCAGAAUGCGGCGAGCGGGUAUCUAUUCGCGCGACGAGCGCCGUCGCUGCGACAAUGCGCGACUUUCAGAGCGUCGCCGGCCAACUGAGCUGGAUGCCUGUGAUUGGUCGUGCGCCAUUGUCUUUGUCUGAGCCGUGGAGUGAGGGGCUGCUGCAGGGCAGCCCGUGGCGUGCCACGUGUCCCUCGCCCUUCCUCAAAUCGGACGUCUCUCUCCUCGCCCUACCACCAGCCACAUCCUUCCUCCUCUCUCCCUCUUCUGGUUCCUCCUCCCCUCUCCAAAUCCCUCACACCGCUGACGAUGAAGCCUAUAACGAGGAUGAGGAUGCCGAGGGUGCGCAUUCCGCAUCCAUGCUUUUUAGUGGGCAACUCAAUAAUCCACCCGCCUCUGUGCCGUGCCUCCUUCCCCCGUGGCAGGUGCAAAUGGGCGACCACAAGAACGCAUUCCCCAUCUUUGCCAAGCUGCAGGAGGUCGGAGCACAGGAGACGGUGGUACUGCUGGCGUGGCGUGGCAUGGCGCAUGCCUUUGCAGAGCACUACGAGGAGGCACUCAGCGAUUUCAACAAGGCUCUAGAGCAGGCCCCCAAGGCAGGGCAGAUUCUCAGGCAACGAGCAUCAGUGCUUGGGAUAUUGGGAAGACACAAGGAGGCCAUUGCUGAUUGGACGGCUGUGAUUGAAAUGGAUCCAAACGAUGCCACAGCCAGACAGGAACGAGGAGCGGCAUAUGUGAACGCCAACGCGUAUGCAAGUGCCCUGCCCGACCUCUAUGCUGCCAGGGCCAUGGCCCCCCAGCUCUUCAAGCCGCACCUCUUCCUUGGACUUGCACUCACAGCGACAGGGGCACCCUUUGACGCAGUGAAGAGCUACGAGACGGCCAUGGCGAUGAAUCCAGAUGUGAAGGAGGGGUGGACGAAUUGGGGGCAGACGAUGAAAGAGAUCGCCAUGUUCAACGAGUCGGAGAGAUGCUAUAAGCGCGCUCUGGGAGUGGAUAGCGGCUUCCUGCUGGCAUACAAGCUCUGGGCGAAGCUGAGGCACGCCGUCGGCGACCACAGCGGGGUGAUUCGCCUGCUGCAGGAGGGGCUGAAGCACCACCCAAGCAAUGUGGAGCUGAGAUAUUUUGAGGCCUCCUGCUUCCAUGCCACUGGGGACUUCUCACAGGCUGUGAGGCUGUACGACAGCAUUCUCUCACUGCAAACGUCUGGAGAUGAGAGGUUCCAGUACCUCUCUUUCUACCAGCGUGAGAUAGCGGCAUACAUGGCAGUCAACGUGAAUUCGCCCUUCUCUCACUUCAGCCUGGACGACCAUUUCAAUCGGGUCUUCAAGGAGGGCUGGGCGAAUGCACAGUUUCCGGGGCACCUACCGUCCAGAGGGUACCAGAUGCAGGACAUUCAGGCAGUGUUCCGCGUGCGGCGCCAGCAGCACCGGCGCAAGGGGGAGAAGCGAUUCGAGGCGAACCGAGCGGCGCUGCUAAAGCAGGCUGAUGCGAUUGGGCGGCUGGUUCAGUACAACACCACGGGGUUUCUUGGUAACAUGCGACAGCAACGAGCAGCAGGCCUGGCUGCUCUAGACAUCAUGCAGACAGUGAGAAAGGCGUGGCGGGAUUGGAUGAAGAGCGGGCAGGUGGACAGAGGGAGCAGUGCGGAGGAGGUGGAGGAGGGGGUGGGGGUGGGGUGGAGGGACGUGUACGGCAUCGGAGUGAGAUGGCGGCAGAUUGCCGAACCCAACGACCCCAUCGUGUGGAUUGAUGGGCUCACGCGGGAAGCAUUUGAAACCGGGUUCGGUUCGGUCACACCGAUGGUGUCCGGGCAGACUCGAAACAUUCGAUACUCCAUGAAUGCUGACCGUGCGUUCAAGAUCGUACGGCAGGAAAUGCUGCAUCAUGGCAAGGUGUACGGUGAGCGCGACGAGGAGAUUCCGCUCAGCCAAGAGGAUCUGAAAAAGGUGGACCGAGCAAUUAACUUCAACCAGCUCUGGGACGUUGUGCAACAAGGCUUCUUUGUCUUCACCCCUUGCAAGAGCACCGCCUUCCCUGACAAGGUUCUUAACGGCACUCGCCUCACAAUCACCGCCACCGACCCCGGGCAGGAGUUUGCAAUCCGCACGCCGCUCACGCCCAGUCGUUGGCGAGAUUUUGACAUGGAAAUGGCCGCUGCAUGGAAGGACAUCUGUCUGUCAGUGGCACACACGUCUCUCCGUGACGCUGACCCGCAGGCCUAUCGCAAGGCCAUUCAAGACAACAUCCUGCGAAUGGCAUACUACUGGUACAAUUUCAUGCCCUUGGCACGCGGCACAGCCAUGAACGGCUAUGUCAUGACUCUCGCCCUCCUGCUAGCUGUCGACCUGCAAGUCUCGCAGCCCAUUCCCAGGGGCGUGCAGGUGGAUUGGGAGUCCAUCCUCUGCCCCUCAUCCGACAUAUUCAUCAAAAGCGUCUCCUCUUGGCUCUACCCGUCGUUGGUGGCGGGUCCAGAUGCUGCCAGCAUUCCCAGCGUGAGAGAGCACUUCCCCACCAUUGGGGAUGUUAUCGAGGCACUCAGUAGUGCGUUCUCGGAAUGA